AUUUUAAAGGUCAUAUCUUAGAUCUAUUCAUCUGCGAUUUGUACAGUUAGCAUUAACAUUGACCUUUACAGGUCGAUGCUAUCACAAAUUGUUCGUCUGCUGUUUGGAGCUGUUUGUCUGAUACAGAUUGAGGUGAAUUAGUGUUAAUGAACAAGGCAGAGACGAGUGUAAAUCUUCAGAAGUGAGGAAUGGCAGGAGAACUCAGGGGUGUACCAGUUGGCCAAUCACCCCGCAUUGUUUACCUGAGCCGGAUAGAGAGCUUCAGUGCAUCACACAGGCUACACAGUAAUCAGCUGAGUGAUGAAGACAAUCUCCGGAUAUUUGGGAAGUGCAAUAAUCCCAACGGACAUGGGCACAACUACAAAGUGGAAGUGACAUUAAGAAAAGAGGUUGACCCUGUGACAGGAAUGGCCAUGAACUUGGUCGACCUCAAAGGUAUCAUGCAGAGAGCGAUUAUGGAGCCGCUAGACCACAAGAACUUGGAUAAGGAUGUGCCAUAUUUCCAGAGCCUUGUAAGCACAACAGAGAAUGUGGCCAUCUACAUCUGGGACAACAUGGUGAACUUACUACCAGAGGGGUCAUUGUAUGAGGUCAAAAUUCAUGAGACAGACAAGAACAUUGUGUGCUAUAGGGGUGAAUAGACAACUUCAAAACAUUGCGGAAAAGUAUUAAAAAAUAUGAAUCAAGUAUACAACUAUGACAGAUAUAUUGUACUGGUACCAAUUAGGAGUGGGCACAGGUAUUUUGGUCCAGGUAUGGUCCAUGUCUAGAGGACCAGGUCCAGACCCAAACCUGAUUAACGUUACCACUAUACCAAUAGUGAGUGACCACAUUCAGGAGUUGAAUGGAUGUAUAUGAUAAUGUAACAUGCUCUAGACAUGUGAGGUGGGCUGAAUCAUAAGUAUGUUAAUGUAUGUUUACAUCAUUUUGAAGUUGAUGUGGUAGGUUAAUGUAUGUUUUGUCUGUGUCAAUAAAAUCAAGAGAGUACAAAUCGUUCAUAAAACCAAACUUGUUAUUAUCCAUGAUAAAAUAUCUUACAAGUCACCAAUCCCAUAUGCAUGUAAAAUAUAUGUACUGAUUUCUUUACUAAUCAAGGUACAAAUGUUUCCAAAGAAACAAUAUGUGAAGAACAUCUUUCAAUUGUGCGCAGUAAGCAUAAAACUGCUGAAGACCAUUAAGUAAAAUUUUUGAUGAUUUGUUCACUUUUCUAGACCAAGGCUAUAUUGUACUGUUGAGAAUACUAAAUUAUCACUUCACCAAUACUGUAAUGUAUGUAGAAAACAACAGAGUACUAAAGGAAUCCCUACCAACAACAGAUUAUACCAGCCUGACUAUAGGUCGGACUGCCCGAAGGCCAGAGGGCUUGGGCUGAGGGUGAUUCGGAAUACACCAUGUUUUAUUGUCAUUCCCACCUGAGAAAACACACAUUUCAGCGCAAAAUGUGCCAGAAAUUACAAAAAUUUAGUGUCCUUAAACAAAAGAUAAAAACAUCACUUCAAAUCAAGUGUUCAAGUUCAUGACAGCUGCGCUCUCCCUGCUAGCUAUGGGUGGCAAACUGCUAUCAUUCAGUUAUCAGACUCCCAACUUGUCAACAUGACAGCAUAACCCUACAGUACUUACACCUACAUUUCAUGUAAGUACUUGCACAUAAAAAAUUGUAGCCCUUCUUAGAAGCAGCAGAUCUAUGAAUUUGUUACCUUGUAAGAUUUCUGGAAGACUCCAUAUCAUUUUCGAUUGCUCUAGUAUAUAUAUAAUAAAGCUUGCUGACUGACCAAGGACACUUAAAAAUUUGAAUGUGUAAAAACAUUUGCCACCCUUCCAUGAGAGCACAUGAGGUAGAAUUAAAUGGCUUAUGUGACUGGCACUUAGACAGAACAUAUUAUACAGCUUUGUGCUUGCAUAUAUAAGGAUGAUGUACUGUCUAUUAUUGAUAUUGAUAAUUAAAUGCAUCUGACUGGUGUCUCAUUAUUGUUGACAGUACAUUGACUUGGCCGCUGAUUAUUAAUAAAACAAACAUGUACAAUUCA